AUGGAACCGGAGCCAACCAUUAGCGCUCUCCUCGAGGCUGUCACAGCCCUCACAGCCACAGUCGGGUCCCUACAGGACCAAAUCCGCAACCAAGGCCAACAGCUCAUUGAGCUCAAGGCCAUAUGCAAGGAGACCGCCGACUUACUUGGCGACAAGGACCAAGGAGGACCCCAAGUCCAAGCCAAGCCUGGCCCAUCAACUGGGCCUGUUACCCCUCCAACCCACACAGGAGGGGAAACCCACACUCCAGGCACGGUUAGGCCUGGGCUCAAGGCCCCUUUCAGGCCAUCAAAAGGAACAGGGUUCGAUUCAGAGGAAGAAGAGGAACCCAGACGUCCCAAAAGGGAGCCUCAAGGAACGCCUAGGAGGCAUCUAGGGUCCCUAACCCCCUUUGACGCAGGGUCCAGCGUAAAGCGGCCUAAAAUGGACCUCCCCGAACCUUUUAAAGGCGAUACCAGAGGGCGCAAGGCCACGCAAUGGCUGGACCGGAUGAUGCUCUGGGUAGCUCUCCACAGGGAUCAGUUUGACGAGGAAGAGCAAAUGGUGGUAUGGAUCUUGUACCACAUGACCGACAAGGCAGCCGAUUGGGCUCUCCCUAUCAUUGGGAAUAUUAUCAAGGGGGAGGGCAACCCUCCCACCACCAUCCAGGCCUUAACGGCCAAAUUUAAAGAAGCCUUCGCUGAUCCUGAUGCCAAACGGGCCGCCGCCAGGAAAAUUGCGGCACUUACUCAAACCUCCACGACCUCCGAGUACGUCACGGAGUUCCGCAACCUCAUGGCGGAACUAGACUGGAACGAGGAGGCCUACAUCGCCCAAUUCACGUGCGGCCUUCACUGGAAGGUUAAAGAACUGCUAUCUACCAAGGAUAGCAUCCCGGACGACCUUGAAGCCAUCUUUGCCGCGGCAAUCAAAAUUGACAAUAUCCGCCGCGAAAAUGAGGAAAAUCGUCCCAAGAAAACCCUCUCCAAGUCCCCGGUCACCGCGACCACCUCCACUUCCACUACCACCACCAGGGUCCGCCUAUCAGAGGAUCCCAACUAUGUCACCCCGGAGGAAAGGGACCGUCGCCGAGCAUCUGGUCUCUGUGUCAAGUGUGGUCAGAAGGGUCAUGGGAUCAAACAAUGUCCCAAUGGUUGGAAGGCAACGAUCAAGGAGGUAGCCAAGUCAAGGACUGCUGCCAAGCCCCCGACUCAAAAGGACAAUUUAGAUAGUUGUGUCGAAUUUGUAUCAAACCUCCCGGCAGAACCCCUCAAAACUCUAAUAGACUCAGGAGCCACAUCGAACUUCAUUUCCCCCUUGAUUGUGGAAAAAUAUAAAAUUCCAAAAACCCAACUUGAAAAUCCACGGGUUGUGAGAAUGUUAGAUGGUACCAUAUCUCAGACUGGUCGCAUCUGGCACCAGGUUCACCUCACCGUCUCGGCCAAUGGCCAUACCCACUCCAUCCCAUUUCUUGUUUGCCCCAUUGGCAACACCCCGGCAAUUCUAGGCAUGACAUGGCUAACGGAGGAAGCUCCUCUUAUUGAUUGGCAACAGGGACUAGUCACAUUCCCUGAACAAGCUCAAAUUGCCUCCGAGGAAGAAGCGGACUCAGACCCUUUGGCAGACCUCCCCCUUCAGUACCAUGAGUUUGCUAAAGUGUUUGGCGAAGAAGAGUUUAAGGUCCUCCCUCCACAUAGGGAGUAUGACAUCUCCAUUGACCUUAUCCCAGAUGCCAAGCUGACUCCUGGGCCUAUAUAUGGCAUGACCGAUGCAGAAUCUAAGGCGCUUAAACAACACAUUGAUGAGGAGUUGGCAACGGGCAAGAUCCGCCCCAGUACUUCCUCAGCAGGCGCCCCAGUCAUGUUUGUCAAGAAAGCGGAUGGGUCCUUACGUUUGGUAGUAGAUUAUAGGAAGCUGAAUGAGGUCACCCACAAGAACGUUUACCCCCUUCCCAGACAAGAUGAUCUUAUGGCCAAAUUACGGAACGCCAAGCUGUUCACAAAGCUGGAUCUUUGA